CUGUGAGAAGCUCAGGACAACUGAUCUUCAACUGCCCUGAUGCUAUCAUCUGGGGUGGAGCCUCUCCUUGAUUCUUCUGUGUCUGCUGCAAUAGAGGAAUUGUACACUGGACUGCCAGAGAGCAUCUCGACUGAACUUAUGGCUGUAUCGGAGCCUAAUGUUGGAUUAGAUGCAAAAUCUGAUGUAUCAACGCCAGUGCUAGCACACAGUGACAGUCCAUCAGCUGAGCAUCAUAGGACUUCUGGAGUAGAAAACUUUUGCCAGAAGACAGAGAAUUUGGGUGAUAUGCACAAGGUGAUUUCUCAUGGGCCAGCAGCAUCCCUUACUGAAGAAUUACUAAAGGCUGGAGACCUUGAAGAGGAUGAAAAAAAUAAAAAAAGAAACUUUAGGAAACUAGACUGUUCUAGCGAUGGAUAUCAGAAAGAAGACAAAGAGGCGCAAGAUGCUGAGGAGUAUCAUGCUGAAUGCUGUGCUUUAACUCCUGGGGAAAGUUGGUCAAACCAAGAGGACCCUCACUUAAACCAGCAUGGGGUGAAGUCUUUGAGAACCUGUGGCGCUGAAAUAGCGGGAUCUCUGAAGAACACAGAAGAAAACCAAGCAAAUGUUCAGGUGACAGCUGAAACUCUGCCAAAGCUCACUGAAGAAGUACAAGUUUUUAGUUCUGUUGCUUCAUCUCCUGAGGAGUUCUCAAAAGAAAAAUUUAAACUGGUCCCAUCAGAAGGUGAUAAGUCGAAAAAGGACCAGUGGCAAUUCUCUGUCAGUGAUCUAUGCAAGGAUGAUAUAAAAGAAAAUAGUCUAUUGAUGGAAACGAGCAACAUUUCUUCCCAUGAAAUUGGACAGACAGACAUAUGCUUUUAUAAUACCUCCAGUAAAAUUUCUCCUCCCAGCAGCCACAGCUGUCUGGAUCUUAGUACCAAGCUAGAGAAAGAUUCACCUGAGGCACAACUGCUUGAAAAGCAAUCUGAGAGUAAUACAACAUCAGAAGAGUUGGCUGGCAGUUUAGUUGAAGCUACAGAAGCUAAUAGUAAUGACAGUUUGUCCACUGGCAAAGAAACUAAUUUGAUUUAUACACUAAAUGUACCUCUACCUCCUGUUGCACAAAAAUCAAGAGAACCUCAUUGUAAUGAGUGUCCUCCUUGUACUGCUAAUGAAGUUUCAAGCAGGGACAAGGCUCAGGAUAAUCCAUCUGGAAAAGAAUCAAUCAGUGCUUCUGGAACAACAGGGGAACGAGUCGCUGAAAUUGUGCUCCAUAAAGACAAAUUCAAGUCUUCAGUAAGUUCCAGGACUUUUGAUAACCCUAAUAUGACAAGCAAAAUUUCCCAAAAGAACAUGAAGUCUUCAGCGGGAAAUACAGAGAGUGUGAUCACUGGUUUAGAAAAUGAACGUAGUGACACAUGGAAUUGUAAUAAUCAGAGUAUAAAAGGCCAGUGUACAGCUGCCAGUACUUCCUGUAUUUUAUCAGGGAAUACACGUGUAGAUGAUGUUCUCCCAAACAGUCAUUCUUUUAAUGUUGAGGUUGAUAAGAAGAUUGAAGAAAAUUGUAAUUUGGAAGGAGAAGCUUCAGCUGGAUAUAAUAGUAAAAAGGCAAUCAUCUUUCCAGAAGCACACUUUCCUUUGGCAUGUGGAUCUCUUCCUUGUGAAGAUGACUGGGGCAACAGAGGUGUAGAUCUGCAUGGGAUAAAUGACAUUUCCACAGCAAAAAACAUGUUUUGCUCAGCUUAUACUGCAGAGAAGUCUAUUGCUACCUUGGUAGGAGAUGAGAUUUCAAAUAAGAAUAUGGAGGUUGUGAAACAAUUCGAUCUUUGUAAAGUAACAGAUGGCAGUGAAAUUGUUUGUGACAGAGAUGAGGCAAAAGAACAAAUCGGCAUGUGUGCUCUCCAGACAGAUGAAUUUGAUAAAAUAAGAACUGUGGAUUUUCCAAAGGCUCCUGAAGGCAAUCAGAGAAAUAAGACUAGUGAACAGCUAUUAGUCAGAUGUUUGAACAAAAAAAACUGUGUUCAUAAUUUUGGAUUUUGCAACUCUCCAUUAGGCCCAAAGAAGAGAGAACUAGGCACAUGUGAGAAGAAAGAAGUGUCAUCGCUCACAGCUAAUCCCUCUGAAUAUAGUGCUUCAAUCUGCGAUAUAUGUCCGUUACUCAACGACAUGAAUAUUCAAACACGACAUGCUAGCCAAACAGAAAAGACCCUUUGUCCAGUGGAAGAUCAGCGUCUUGCAUGUCAGAGUGAGUUUGAUGGCCCAGUUCCGGGCAGCAAGCAACAUUUAGAAAGUUUAAACAACCAACCAAACGCUGGCUUACAAACUACAGCUACUUGUGUGGAAGAAACGAAAAUAUCAAUUGGCUCUAGUCGAAGCGAAGAGAUACUGUUAAAAACAGGUGAUGACCUGCCUCUAUUAGUUCAUAAAUAUGCAAGAGAAGUGGAUUUGGACUCUUUAAAUGAUGUGAGAAAUGAAGACUGUUCCGGAUACGUGGGCUUCGUCAGUGAUCUAAUUGAGAAGACAAUCGAACUAAAAGAACACGAGAACGGAUGUGAAAGAGAAGAUAAAGGAACUCUUGAAGAAAGCUUUUCUGAUAGCAAAUCACAUUGCUCACAGCAUGCUUGCUUUAUCAAACGUGCAAAAGAGAAAGUAGAUCUAGUGUUUGCAGGGAAAAAAAUGCAGCAAUCUUUGCCAAAGACGAAGUGGUUGGUGGAGGACCAGGAAAAUACAGUUAGUGCCCGAUUUUUGCCCUUCUCAUCAAUUCAUGGGAGCCUGUCAUAUAAGCCAGAAAAUAUGAAUGUGCUUUCAGAGACAGAAAACAAAAAAAGUUUGAGAAUAAAAUCUAUCUUAAAUAACUCUUGCCCGCAGUUAAUAACAUUUGAGCCUCAUAAAGAAACUGAUGCUCAGAAAGGUAUUGGUCCAUCCCAUUUCAGAAAGUUUGACAUCCAAGAAUCUUUCAGUGAGACUCAGGCGGAUUCAGAAACACUGUCAGCUCUGAACUUGGGAAUCUGUCUGCCUGAGAAAGAAAAGCUGUAUAUGUCGUUUGAGAAUACACAAAUAGAUAAUCGUGAUUUGUCUUCGGCCGAAGUUUUUAGCAAACAUUCUUCAGUGACAAAACCUCUUUCUGUAACAACAUCUAUUAAGAGAAAAGCCAGCAAUACUGAGAUUCCAUCUCCAGAGAAUGAAACAGCAACUAGCUUUCUGAAUGGUACAAAAAGCUCAAGAGUUUGUGUACACAGCGAAGAAAGUCUGAGAGAUGAGGGGCAUAGCAUACUAACUGCAAAAGACAGGGAUGUGACCUCGCCAAAAAGUACUCACCGUGGAGAGAAGUUUAAGAACGCAUGUGUAGAAGAGAAGAUGGGAAGAGAAGUAGCCCCUAGAAAAAAGUUACCCAUAGAUUCUUUUCUUGAUGGAGAAGAUUGUCUAUGGGCCUUGUUAGAAGAUUCAAAAGAGUCUGGUAGCAAAGUAGUCCCUCUCAGUACUGAGAAUUAUGGAAAGAUUUUGGAAGAAAUCCCAAAAUCUAACUUAAAUAAUCUUUCAAAAGAAAGAAAGAAUGCUAUAAAGCUCACAAACUUAGCGGGUACCAGUCUACUUUCAGAAACUGUGCAUGAUUGUCAAGCUGAAGAUGCAUCUGAUGCAGAAACUUCACCAGAAUUGCAGUAUAAUACAACACCCACAUUUUAUCCGUGUAUGAGAAUACUAUCAAACAGUUGCAAAGAAUCAUCCCCAAGCUGUGUGGUUUGCAGUGAAGUAUGUGUGCCUUACAGAUCAAAUGCACAGAGCAAAGAUAAUGUAAAGGAGAUUACAGAAGGCCAGGACACUAUACCAGCUCAUUCAGUUUGCAAGGAAAACGAGGCUUUAGGUUCAGAAAGACUUGAUCAAAUAGAGAAAUGUCAGGUACUUAAACAAAAGAAGAAGUAUGAGAAGAUGGAAGUACAUCUGUCAGACAAGGCACAACAAGAACAGAAGUCAGAAUAUCAAGAGAAAGCAAAAAUCACACCGCAACCAAGCACAUUGCACAGUUCUGAACUCUUACGCAGCUCUUCAAAUAAGUUGGUGACAUCAAGAAAUACGAAGUUUGAAGGUCCUUCAGAGGAGAUUUUUGCUGUCGGAAGCAGUGAAAAUAAACUACGUAGCACUUUACAAGAAGUCAAAAGGCCAAAGAUUACCACAGAUAUUAUUAGUUCACAGUUUUUGAAGACUCAGGAUUCAGAAAUGGAAAACCUGAACCUUAAUUUAGGGUAUGAUGGAAUCCCUGGUGCCUUUGGAACUACAAAUAAACUAAGAGGACCUCUUCCAUUCAAAAGACAGCCUGGAAGGACAUGCAAAAAAGUUCCCACAUCAUAUCAGCUAAAAACCAUAAGAAAAAGCAAAAAAAUUAAAAGUUCACCUUUUUUUGAGAUUCCUCCAGAAAUAUUCCCUAAGCAGGAAAACACACUUCUCAAAUCUUUGUGUUUUCCAUGUAAACCACCGACAAUGGAAACAGAAACAGCCAUGAGAUUCAUGCAUAUGCCAAGGCAGAGGGCCAAGAGGUGCAGUUUGUUGAACAGCUUGAAAUUUAGAAAACAUACCAAAGAACCAGCAUUGUUGAGCAAGCUGUCUGCAAUGGCUAGCAAACUCGUGGCACCUGCCAAAAGCAUCCAUAACUUAGAACCCCUGCCAUAUUCUUCUGAAAUUCUUCCAGUGGCUGAGAGGUACAGCCAACGUAGAUCUAAAAAUCUAUUGGAAGCCUUUUCUUGCAUUAACAGGAACUUACACUCACGCUGGGCUGACAGUUGGUGCACCAAGAUGUUCAGCUUUCAGCCUUUGGCACUUUAUCCUGUAGAAUCUACCAAAAUACUUUUUUCAGACUUGAGCCACGAGCCUCCAACCUCUUUCUUGGAUACCCCAGUUUUUCCAAUUUCUUUUCACAUAAAAUUGGACUCCAGUCCUGUGACAGACCUCACAGGGAUUACAUCCCAGCACUCUGUACAUCACAGACCAGUUUUGGGAGAAAUGCCAGCACCGCCUUCAGAGUGGACUUUCUCUUUUCUUCUCUCUCAGAGGUGUUCAGAUACAACAGCUUUCAAGGAAGAUUCCAGACUAGAUAACGAGCUGCAUUCCUUUCUCUCUGUAACAACCCCCAGGGCUGUUGCCCUUCAUCCUGACCAUGGAAGAAGUGCAAUAGCUGAAAGAAGAGGAGGUUGUUCCAUGCUUGGCCUUCACACAGUGUUAGCACUUUCUUCCCCUGGAUGUUACAGGAUUUGGACAAGAAGAAGAAACUUAACCAGCCAUAUUCCUACCAUCCAGAGGCUAUUUAUAUCACAAUUCACACAGGGUUUGAAAGGGGCAAGGUAUCCAACUUCUGUAUCAGAUGACCUCGUCUCUUCAUUGCCAUACUCACUGGGCAGGGUACUAUCCAUAUGGAGUCAGCGUGGCCCUUCUGCCCAUCCCUCCGAAAUCACUCUUCUCCAUUCCAGUCACUGCAAGUGGCAGCCAAGUGUGGGCAUCGAGAACAGCUAUGCCAUGUUACCGCACUUACCUGUACAGAGUAUGGAAGCACUACAGACUGCAGGUCAUGAGAUACGCCUGGAAACUUUAUUACCUCUUCCAUUACCAAAGUCUUGCUCACUUCCAGAAUUGUUGCCAUCUCCCCCAAGGCUUUCAGCAUCGGAGCUCCAGGCCCAUGCCCUUGAUGAAGCUGAUGCUUCUGUUCCAGCCUGUCUUAGAUCCCAAGAUGACACAGAACUGAAAAAAACUGAGCCAGAAAAGAGGCCAAAGAAAGUCUCACAGAUCCGAAUCAGGAAAACUGUUCCUAAGCCGGACCCUAACCUUACUCCAAUGGGACUACCCAAACCAAAAAGGCUUAAGAAGAAAGAAUUUAGUUUAGAAGAAAUUUACACAAACAAGAACUAUAAGUCCCCUCCUCCAGCCAGGAGCUUGGAAACAAUCUUUGAAGAGCCCAAGGAGAAAAAUGGACGCUUGGUCUCUGUCAGCCAGCAGAAGAGAAAGCGGAUUCUAGAGUUUCAGGACUUUACUCUUCCCCGGAAAAGGAAGACACGAGGCAAAAUCAAAGCAGCGGGUAGUUUCACCCGAGCAAAAAAAGCUGCACUACAGAGCACUGAGUUAGAUGCUCUUCUGAGUCAGAAGCUAAUGGACCUUGAAGCCUUUUUUGCAAAGGAGGCUGAGCAGGAGCAGGCCUCUAGCAUCUGAAGGAGCCAUUUAGCUGAAAAUGGUCCAGUCAGCUCCUUUAGUAUUUUAGUCCUGUUGGGAGAAAUCUACUGACUUCUUCAUACAUUACUCUACCACUCUGUUCUAAUAUCUGAUGACCAGUUUUUGGCUGUGGCCCUCUUUAAGGUGCUAUUUUAUUUUAUUUUAAAAUGCUAUUGGAGGGAUUCUUUUAGGUCCCUGUUUGACUGUAACACAGCCACAUACAAUUUACCAUUCCUUCCCCAACCUCUGGAAAUUACUGCUAAUGUUUAAUUAUGUUUAAACACCUUUUGGGGGUAGAGUAGGAGUGUAAAGCAGGAAGUAGUGCACCUUCAGUGAUGCUAGAACUCUGUACUCCAGAUCAUUUGCACAUUUGAGUCUGCUGUUGUUACUGUAAUGGCUAUUUUGAAGAACCUGACAGAAGAGACAUGGUGUUUGAUAAAGAUGAAUUCUAGCAAACACAUUCUUCAUAUACCACUAAAUUUUUAAUAAUUAAAAGUAGCUGUCUGGGUUUGCUUUCAAUUGUUUCUUCCUUCCAUUUACUUAGAAGGUUCCUUCUGAAUUUCUGUGCCCUUCCUGGCUUCAGGCAGCAGAAGCCCCACAUAACUAGACUUUAAAUAACUUGCACUUUGUAUGUGUUUCUCUAUUUGCUGCAUGAGGACACCUUUUAACAUGAUUGAGCUCAAAAAAAGGUAAUAUUUUAAGAAAAAAUUGUGCCCAGUACUAAUUUUUCCCAAAUAGUAGAGUUUUUAACUACUUGGCUAUUGCCAACCUCUUCCCCAGAGGAAAAGGUAAUUAGCCCACGAGGAUGUUAAGCUGCAGGAUACGUAAGUAGAGGUUUUUAGUUAACUGAGCUGAGCUGCUGUAUGCAGGGAACACCAGCAAAAUCUUUGAGAUUCAUUUUUAAGUUAUUUAAUUCCAGUAAAACAUCAACUUAAUUGUAAUGCCAACAAGAAAAUAAUUUUUUUUCCACCUUGAGGUUUUUUUUACCACUUUAGAUUUACAAUUCAUGUAGCUCAUAAUUAGAUAUUCUCUGUACAGCACUGUUGUACGUAAUAGCUAGUGUUGUACAAAGAGCCUCCUAGCAUGUGGAAUUUUUUUUUUUUCAUUAUGUAAGGCCAUAUGUAAUUAUCUGAUGCAGCCCUGGGCAAUUUCUCAGCUAUACCUUUUGAGGGAAGAGAGCUCCUUUCUGGGAUAACUUCUGUUAAACUUACUUGAAGCAUAAUUCAAAAUGAAUGCUAGCUGCGUUCAGGUAAUUUCUGUCCUUUAGUGCCUAUAGAAGUUAUUCAGGCAAAGCUGUCAUUGCUGGGAUGCUCAAAUUUAAUUAGUCUGUUCUUUCUUUCACUUGUCACUUGAAACUUGCACUUUCUUAUUUACCUACCCAUAUAAUAGAGUUCCUGUUUACCUUCAAAAUGAGCAAAUAUCUAGUGGGUGGGUAUUUUUAAUAAAGUCCCAAUAAAUGCAGGACUGAAAAUACCGCCAUUAUCUUCUGUUGCUCUGCCACUUCUGUUACUGACCGAACAGAAAACUAAAAAUUAAUAAGCAAUCUGUUGAAUUUGAGAGCUUUGAAAGUAGAGAAAUGGAAAAGGAUUAGUACACUGUGUGUGCCUGAGUCUUGAAAGAAAUGUAAUCUGGGCUUGUUUUACUCCCAGCUGAUGUGCUGGGAUUGCUAGAAGUUUACAUUCUUGUUUUGGAGGCUAAUUAUCUUUAAUCAGGAAGACUGAAGGAGAGGAAUGCACGCUUAAAGUAGUGGUGUUUGGGUUUUGAGGGUAAAAUAACAAGGCAGGCAAACUUUGAACAUAUUGACAUACUAUUUCAGCAGCAAGGUCUGGUUAACCUAUUUGGGCUGCUAGAGAACAUUUUAAUUGAUCCUCUUUAUUUUUAUAAGAAGAAAUCCCUAAAAAAUAAAGGUUGACUGCCUUUUUAAAAAUGUUUAAAACUUUCCCUGUACUGGUUUAUUAGCCCAAUUGUUGACUGGUUGGAAGCUGUAGAAGAGUAAGAUAUAUAUUUUUAUGGAUUUAUGCUAUAGAAUGGGGUUGUUACACAGCAUUCAUUCG